UGGUCUGACCUCUCUGUCUCCUCCUCCCUUCCUCUUUUUCUGUCCUUUUCCAGAAUGUCUUUGCCCAACUCAGAGAACGCCUCCACCCUGGAGAACGCCAUGCAGCUCAUGAUACAGACUUUCCAUAAGUACUCUGGAAAUGAGGGGGACAAAUAUACACUGAGCCGGGCUGAGCUCAAAGAGAUGCUAACCACAGAGCUCGGCAACUACCUGGGGAAUGCCCAGGAUAAGGAGGCUGUGGAUAAGGUUAUGGGAGACCUGGACUCCAACAACGACGGCGAGGUAGAUUUCACCGAGUUCAUCAUACUGGUCGGAGCUCUUACUGUGGCAUGCAACGACUUCUUCCUGGAGUUCAACGAAAAGCAGGAGAAGAAGAAGUGAACGCGCCCAUCGGCUCGAAGAUGUUCACUCACACUGCAAACAACACAUUCCAGGGAGGAAACAGUCACGACAGGAGAGAAGAUCUGAGUAGGACAUCCUAUUACGAACUUCACUUGCACAAAUACACACACACACACACACACACUCAUACACACACAUAUUAAUAGUCAUUUGAGCAGUAAUUGUUUGGUGUUUGUGUAUUUGUCCUGUCAGUCUGUUACAAAUUGUAUUUAUUGCGAUGUGAAAUCUGGAGAGUUUAAGUCAAGUUUCAACACCUGUCAUUGUUGAAUAUGUGAAUAUAUCUCUCUUUCUUGUUCUUUUCAUGUAUUUUGUAACACAUUCAA